AAUUCAUCCAUUUAAGAAAGAAAAAAAAAAAAAUUGGAAAGCACAAAAAUUUGAUAUAAAAAAUAAAUUUAAAAUGUUAAAAAGAAAAAUAAAAAUUUAACAAUGUAAAUAAGGAGUCAUAUUGACUGAUAAAAAGUGUUAUCAUGUUCCCUUGAAAGAUAAAUACCGUUACGUAUCAAGUUUGUCUGAAUUGUUCGAUUCUAAAAGUUGGAUGAUGAUAGAAGUAAGCAAGCAACUGGAACCUAAACUUGUCAAACAAAAUGGUAUUUCGAUAUCGAUUAAUUAAAUCAAAUAGACUACUAUUUAAAAAAUAUAUAUUAAAAAUUAUCUGCACUGUGAUUAUUAUUUUUAUUAUUUGGAUAAUAUAUCAAUCAUGGAUAAUAUCUCAAUUAUCAAAGUUAAAUGACAUGAGUAUAUCAAUGUCAGAUGAAUUAAAUUUAGCAUUAAUUGACAUAGAAAAUAUUGAUGAACAUAAAGACACAUGGCGAAAACCAGAUAUCGAAGGAACAAGAAUAUUUUCAGCCUAUUUAGAUACAAGACCAGAAGUUGUUUUGUAUGAAAAUCGAAACUUAUUUGUUGAUAAUACAUCAUGGGGACUGAUAAGAAUCAUUGCAAUUCUACCCUUGUAUUUGGAAAAUAGCCAAUUGACCUGCUACUUUAAAUAUAAAUACAAAAAUUCAUCUUUUUCAUAUAUAGUAAAAAAAAAUUUUUUAAGAAUUGUUCCAAUUGCAGUUAGAGAAAAUUUUGACAUGUAUUAUUCAGCAGCAUAUAUAUUAUGUCCACUGCCAUUUAAUAAUAUACUUGAUAAAUCAAUAUUAAAACUUCCCCAUGAAAUUACAGUAUCAAUAAAUUCAAAUCGUGAUGUUAAAAAAAUUAAAAAAGAUGAAUUUAUUACAAUAAGAUAUCCAAAAAAAUUAAAAGACAAUUUAAUAGUUAAUAAUAAAAAUAAUUUUUCAAUAUGUGUACAACCAUUUCAUCAUAAUUUUGAUAAAAAAAUUGAAUUAAUUAGUUUUAUUGAAUAUUAUAUGCUAAUGGGAGUUACAAGAUUAACAUUUUAUCGUGAUAGUGUUACAAAUGAUAUUGAUAAAAUAUUUGAUUAUUAUAAAAAAAAAAAUUUAGCUAUAAUUUUAGAAUGGAAAUUACCUGAUAUUUAUAUAUUUGAAAGAACAUUAAGAGUUGAUGGUAUUUAUGCUGCAUUAAAUGAUUGUUUAUAUAGAAGUGCAAAUUAUCUUGAUUAUAAAUAUGUCAUUGGUGUUGAUAUUGAUGAGUAUAUUGUGCCAAGAAUACAUGAUAAUUUUUUACAAAUGAUGGAGCAUUUGGAUAAUGAUGAUUUAAAUGGUGCUUGGAUAUUUAGAAAUGUUUUUUAUUAUCUUAUGUAUGAUGAUGAUCCAAUAACAUUGCCACCAGAACUGCCAGAGUUAGAUGUUCAUAGAAAAACAAAAAGAUGGGUGGAGACAAAUCGAAGAAACGAUCGUAGUAAAUUUAUUGUCAAAGGAAAAAAAGUUGUGGAAUUGGGAAAUCAUAGAAUCUGGGAAAUGAUGAGGCUUUUUUCAAUUUUCCAACGUCGAUAUCAAGAAGUCGAAGUAGACCCAAAAAUAGGAACAUCAAAUCACUAUAGAAAUUGUGAAACAGUUAUCGAAAAAUGUUGGCAAAAAAAAACAAUAAUUGAUCGAACAAUUCAUAGAUUUACACUCGAGUUGAGUAAAAGAGUUUUAGCAGUUGAAAAAGAAAUUUUUAAAUCUUAAAAUUAAAUUUAAAAUGAAAAACAAAAAUUUAGAUGAAUCAAAUAAAUAAUUCAUGUUGAAUCGAAUUAAUCGUUAGUUAUUUUAUGCAAUAAAACACAGUAUAAAUGUUUUUUUUUUUCAAGCAGAUGUAACCGUUCUAAUCUUUCAUCAGGAAAUAUUAUGUAUAUAUAUUUAAUAAAAACAACAGCAAAUAAUUGAGUUAAAAGAAAAAUAAUAGUUCGACAAUAUUGAUCAUUAGUAAAUAAUCAAUAUUGAACAACAAAAGUAAUUAUCGAUAAUAUGAAUUUGCACAAAGCAAUUAAACAUGUCAACUAGAAUUUAAAUUAUGUCGUAAUAAUC